UGGACUGCUCUCACACAACCUCUCACCAUAAUCAAAACAUCCUUCGUCUGGACUGGACCCGACGACUCGAAACUCCCCUGAAAACCCGCCAUCGGAUCAUGGCUAUCUGCGAAGAACAGGCCACCUCAAUCCGGUUGAUAUUCUAGUCAAUGGCUUAGAUGGCAUUUGGUAACCAAAUCCGACCCGCCGCCCCCCGCACCUGUCCAGCAGAUCACUGACCAACUCUUCUGAGAAAUCAGGCGUAAUUGUGUCCGUUACGCAAUUUAUUUGUGACGCCCUCGGGCUUCAAAAUAUGCCCUGAUCCCAGCCUCAACGGCAAAGGUUCGAGUAUGGGUCCCAAACGUAAGGCUGCUCAACUGACCCGCAUCAAUAACAAUGAGCCCAUUCGGGCUAAGAAUGCGGCCAAGAAAGCAAAGUCCAAAAUCGAUGAGGAUGUGGAGAAUGAGCCGCUCCCAUCUGGUCCAUCGUCCUUGUGUUCGCGGAAUCGGGUCCGACCUCCCGCUCAUUUAGUGGGAGUCCUGCAAGGUCACGGCCAUGGCCUGGUGGGCCAUUUCAAUUUGGAACGCUUCUCUCGCCUGCCCAUCAUCGAAGAAAUCUCACACUAUGGCGUGUUCAAGUCGGUCACGCCCUUCGACACCCGGACCACGUCCCUGGCGUGGCAUCCCAGCUCGCCCUCAUUAUGUGCCGUGGGCUCGAAAUGGGGCGAUAUCAUGCUGUGGAACUAUCAAGCCGACAACUUCCAGAACUUAGAACCGGGUCGAGGACCGGGUGGGUCGAUAUUGGCCAUGAAAUUUGAUAUUGAGAACGAUUGCCGCCUUUACACAUGUUCGAUUGACGGGAAAAUGGCCGUUCAGGAUUUCGUGGGUCAAAAGAGCCGCGUAUUCUUGAGCACCGACGACUGGGAGCAUUGGUAUACCUCGUUCGAUGUGUCCUUUACCGGGGGCACGGUUAUAACCGGUGAUAACAAGGGCUUCGUCACGUUAAUGACCAAGGACGGAGAAGUGGUUUGGCGUUCUCGGCUUCAUCCCAAGAAGGUCACUAAUCUCCAAUUCAGCCCGCGAGAGCCGUACCUCUUGAUUUCCACCUCGGUGGAUAAUUCUGUCAAAGUCUGGGAUAUUCGAAACAUCAAGGACCGAAAGAGCGCCUUGGCCUCUUUAGAGCAUGACAAGCCCGUGAACUCGGCCUAUUUCAACCCUGUGAAUGGGACCCGUCUUCUCACCACUGACCAGCACAGCCAACUGCGGGUGUAUCGCUCGCCUCAUUGGGAUCUCGAACGCCUCAUACCUCAUCCUCAUCGGCAAUUUCAGCAUCUCACCCCUAUUAAAGCCACGUGGCAUCCUUUGGCGGACAUUGUGUUGGCCGGACGCUACCCGCACGACCAAUUUCCGGGGUAUGAAGCCGGUGAGCAACGCUCGGUGGAUUUUAUCGAUCCUGAUGACGGGAAAAUGCUGUUCCAACUCACUCAACCGGGCAUGAACAACAUCAUCAGUCUGAAUUUGUUCUCGCCCUCGGGGGAUGCCAUGCUCUCAGGCAUGUCCUCCACGGUCCUGAUCUGGAAGCCCAAACCCAAAUUCGAGAUGGAUGAAAAAUUGUACAAAGAGACUGAGAGCAACAUUAAGGAUCUCAUGGUCGAAGAAUGGCCCGAACAUCGCCCGAAACGAGCCAAAAACAAGAAGAAGACCCGUACCUAGCGGAACUGCCAAAUUUUGUGUGAUCCUUGAUAUCAGUAUUGUCUGACGCUCAUUGAGACGAAGUUUAAUAAAAUUAUUUGUUUCCCAAAUUCCCGAAUGGAUGCCAUCCAUGUGGAAUCUCGAUGCCGUCAUGUCUCCCGAACAAUCGUCUGACACCCGGCAAGCAGAUGUGAUCAUGAAUCCUUCCCAUUUCAAGGUCCACUCCCAUUUAUUGUCCAUCAUAACCGUCUUCAUCUUGAAAUAAGUGCGUGAUAUCUGAGGCAUCUGAGGGGGUUCCGACGGCGAACGAAUGAAUGAGGUCAACUCACCUCCAUUUCAAAGCGAAUGGGCCCAUCCAGAUUCUCAGUCUGAACAUCAGCGAACGACCCGGACUAAGAUGUUGUAGAUGAAAUUCUCUCGCCAAGGUGAAGGCUAAUUACUAUAGCUGUCGAAGAUCGUCCAAACCCAGAUGCCCAGAUGCCACCGAUUCGACCAACACCAUAUGGAAAGUCUGAUCAACUUGCAGUGGUACUGAAUUCCACAUCAAUAAUGGUGUUUCGUUAUUGACAUUGAUCUAUCGCCAUGAUCGAAAAGCAACAUUUUGGUCCGAUUAUCCGAAUUUUUAAAAUUCCUGAAAUAUGGCAGAUUUUGAAUUGCGACUUAAAAAACAAAGAACGUUUCAAUUGCCA